CCCCACCCCCGCUACAGCACAAGGCAGCGGGGGCGGCUUCGCCCCUGCUCGCGGGGGCGGCGGGGAUGGCCUCCCGGCCUGGUCGGGAGCCGCAGCUGGGUGGGAAUGGCAUGCCCGGCUACAGCUGUGCGCCCACUGAAAAGUCGCUCCCAGCACCCCUGCUGCAGCCAACCCCUGCCCCCGCGAGGGGUGAAGCUGUCGCGCCCCAUCUGCAGUGGGCGCGCGGAGGGGGUGUGUAUGUGGAACCGGGAGAAACAGCAUGCCCGGCUCAGGGAAAGCGCUUCUCCACCCCCAUUGCUGUGGGCAACUCAGAGCCAGGCACUGCCCGCCCUGCAAGCAGCUGGGCAGGCAGGGGAGGUGGCGCCGGCUGGGAAAGCACCCGCCCCGGCGAGUCGUGUUGGCCAGGAAGGCCCACGAGUAAACCAGACGAAAGGGGUCAACCCCCCCCCCCACAGUCAGGUCAGUUCAGUGAAGAUAUGAUUCCUACAGUGGGCUUCAACAUGCGGAAAGUUACAAAGGGUAACGUCACAAUAAAGAUCUGGGAUAUAGGAGGGCAGCCACGUUUCCGAAGCAUGUGGGAGCGCUACUGCAGAGGAGUUAAUGCUAUUGUGUAUAUGGUUGAUGCUGCAGAUCGUGAAAAAAUAGAAGCCUCUAGAAACGAGCUGCACAAUUUAUUAGACAAACCACAGCUGCAAGGAAUUCCUGUUCUAGUCCUUGGAAACAAGAGAGACCUUCCUAGUGCUUUGGAUGAGAAGCAACUUAUUGAAAAAAUGAACCUGGCUGCUAUUCAAGACAGAGAAAUUUGCUGCUACUCUAUUUCCUGCAAAGAAAAGGACAAUAUAGAUAUCACACUUCAGUGGCUUAUUCAGCACUCAAAGUCUAGAAGAAGCUGAAAUCUUGCCAAGAACUCCCCAGCUGGCCAUAAUCUCAAUUGUCUACUCCCUCCAUGAUGAAAUGUUACCCAAGAUAGCCCUCCUGUAUCCAAGGAAUUGCCUUUUUUCACAGUUCAUGCCUCAUGUGCACUGCUGAAGACUUAUAUUCCUACUUCUGUCAUAAAGAAUUGCCUAGAGUUGUCAUGAGUUGUGCAGAUGUUUUUAAGUUCAUCUAAACAGUGGCAGCAGGUGCUUUUUUUAAAAAAAAGAAGUAAAAAAGGUACCGCUAAAGUGUAUUUCUGCUCUGGAUGUCCUGAGCUAGGUUUUUAUGGUUUUCAGCAAACUUAUUUAAUUCUUGUAUUUAGUGGCUCAUUGAAGAUGCUGGCCAAAGGUAGCAUGAGGGUUCUAGCACCACUUCCUGUGCUUAAAGCUUUUCAAACACCAUUUAAAUGGGAUGUUAACUUGUCUCUCAGAUGCAUGUGAAAUGUAUUGUAAAACGGUUUGCAAUGGAGAGUGCCAGGCACUAGACAUUAAAUCACGAAAUAACUUAUGCUGUUUCGAGGUGUAUAGUAGUCUCUUCCCAAUGAAAUAGAAAAAAUCACACUCUUGUUUUAUAUUUGCUGUUUGUUGCUACUAAAGUUUUUUUGGCCCAGAUUAAGUGGAAUCUGAAAUAGAAUACCUAAAAUGAAAGCUUUCAAAAGUUGGACAUCAAAGCAGGUUAAACAGACUUUAAGAACCUCUGGCUAGAUUAACAAACCCCUUUGUUCUCAGAAAGUUGUGCAAAGACUACAGCUACAUGACACUUGACUAACUGAUGGUUGUUGGUGUCCCACUGAUUGUCAGCACAUUAUGUAUUACUGUCCGUUUUGUCCUUUCCUUGGUUUGUGGAAUAGCUGUGCACAGUUGCACUCGGGGCUAGGAAACACCUAGGCUAUUUGUGACAAACUCUAAAUCUGCCUUCUCUUUUGCUGUGUAAUCAUGUGUAAAGUCCACAGGCUGUGAAACACUAAAUGGUGUCUUGGAGCGUAAGAGAACCUAUGAAUGGAUCUGUUUCCUGGUUAGCUUCUACAGAAUAGAGAUGUAUAAACUGAAAACUGUUACAGUUCUCUUGUAGCUUUACCUUCUUGGCGGUGUCAAUAUUUAAAGGGACAGUUGUUAAGGCUGGUUUUGUUCAUACAGUAAUGUCAAUGUACCCCACUGUGUGCAUAUAAAUAUAUGGGAUACCUGCUUGUUUUGCCUUUCACUGUGUGGUGUUUUUUUUUAAAAAAAACAGCACUUGCAUGUACUUGACUUGAACGCUACACUUUCACAAUCAUUGUUUAAUACAUCUACUUAGGGGUAUGUUCAUACUGUAUGCCUGAUGUGUUCUUAGGGUGAGUUUGAAGGAGAAGGCAUUUUCAUAUUGGCCCAGGUACUACAUCAGUUCCAAGUGCAGUUUGAUUCCACUGUGCUAGCCUACAUUUGUUCUGAAAUGUCUCUAGCCUUGUACAAGUAUCCCUGUGUUACCCUUAAGGGUUUUUUGCUGGAAGUCAACAGAUCCCACGUUAGCUUGGGUUAGGAAUGCCUGUACAACACUUGUCAGAUACUGAGAGUUUUGCAAGGUGGGAUCGUGAAGCAACUGCCAGUCUAUCCUAGAGUUAGCAGUGUUGCCUGUGAGUUCUUCUAUCAAGUCACUGCAGCUUUGCCAUUGGUAUUGGACCAAGCUGACACACACAUUUUGAUUUACAUUACCAUGGCCUUACUGUUCCCAUACCACUUAUUGCACUGCUGCACAGACACUGUGCUGCCUCCACUUGCAAACCAAGCUUGUUUUUUUUAAAUUGCAGUGUGCUUCAAUAAAUCCUGUAAUUUUGUUGGUGCUGUAGAGAAGGGUUAAUAACUUGCUACUGUAUUUAUCAGUUCACUGUGGACUUCUAUACUUGCUAGAGCAUCUCUGCUUGUGCCUAAGACAAGAAAGUUGAACUAGAAUGUGUCAACCUUUCCUGUGGGAAUCAAAUUACUGUGUAGGUAAUUGGCCUGUUGCUGAACUCAGUGUGUGUUUGGGGGAGGGGGGGAAGGGGUGUUCAGUGUAUAUUUCACUUCUUUCAGCAUUUGACAUUCAGACACCAGUACCAAGUUUUUAACCUGUGCAUUAAUCUUUGCAUGUUAGCAACUGAUACAUUUACCAAACUUUGUAAAUAUGUGAAUUUUUUUAUUUGGGUGGAUUGCAUUUUGUUGGUUUACUGGUCUUCAGCUUUAUCCAAUAAACUUACAUUUUCAGGGUCAUGUUGACAUAUA